AUGUUUAAUGUUUAAUGUUUAAAUGGAUAACUCAAACUCACCUCCUACUUAUACCCCGGCUAGGAGGAACCCGGUGACGCCCGUAUUAUUCACGCCGAUAUCUGGGUGUCUUCUCAUACCCUCUGCCCUGGGACGAUCAAUGUUAUAAUAUUAUUUUUAUUUUCACAGCAAAAUAAUUUUUGA